AUGAAAAGCAAUGGAGCCGCUAAAAAAGAUGAAAAAGUGGCGGUACCGGGUAGAAGUAAAAGUGCAGAUAGUAAAUGGAAGGAAAGAAUGAAUCGUGGAAUUGGCAACAUGUCAAAAAGUUUACCUAGUUUUAAUAAGAAUGCCACGAAUAGUGAUAAAUUGAGUGAUACAAAAGUGGUGGUGAUUGAAGAUGAAUCGAAAAAAAAGAAGAAAAAGAAAAAGAAGGACAAGAAUUUGGAUGUAGAAGAGCUCCCACAACAAGAAGAUCCAGAAGUAUUGGCAGCCAAAGAAAAAGAGAAACAAGCAAAAAUUAUGAUAGCCAAUCAAGAUGCCCGGAAUAAAACAAUGUGGAGACACAUGGCAUGGCUGGUCAUUUUAUUUGCAUUCUCGUUAUUUGGAGGUGUCAUUUUCAGUGCUAUCGAAGGUGGCUAUGAAACGACACAGCUCAUCAAAAAGUUUGAACAUGAGAAAGAUGUGUACGAGAGACGAAAGAUCUAUCAAGAGCAACUAUUUCAAAGACUUCGAGAAAUUGAACAAGACAACACGAAUCCUCGUGGAAGGAAUUCAUCACGAGAACACUUCAAACUGGAACAAUCUCGACAUGCAUUGGAAUGGUACGAACAGAAAAUGGGAGUGACGAUUUAUGAACCACAGAUGAGAGAAACGAAAUGGAAUCUAUGGGGUGGAGUGUAUUACUCUGCAAGUUUAUAUACAACUAUUGGAUACGGUAACUUCCAUCCGCUUACUAAAAGUGGAAGAAUCAUUUCGAUGAUGUAUGCUUGUGUUGGUAUUCCACUGGUUUUCACAAUUCUUCUCGAUUGGGGAUUCUUGUAUUUUACGUGGAUUGAGUAUGGCUGGAAUCGAUUUAAUGAAAACUUCUGUCAAAAAAGCCUUCAAAGAGACAUGCAAAGAAGAAUACGUCGAGAGAGAAUUCGCCGAGUUGGAAGUGAGCUCUCAUUAUCAUCCACAGCUCCUUUGCUUCAUCGAACAACAACUCAACUGUCAAAUCCCGUUCAACAUAUUGAAUCAAAUCAUCCGUUAACUCCUCUUGAUGUCGAUGUUCCUAUGGGAGAACAAGUACAAACUGUACCCAUCAAGUCUGCUGUCAUUUUCUUCUUUUUGUGGAUUAUGAUAUCUGCGUUCAUUGUCAGUCAUACAGGCUCCAUCAUAGACAGCAGCACAGUUAUGGACACAGAGAUUGUAGCAGGUCUGAUUGGUUUGAGUGGCAAAACUGAUCCAUGGAGAGCAAUUGUCAUAAGAUGCUCCACCAUUGACAGAGGCACAGUAGUUCUGACAGAUAGCCAAGGUAACUGCAGAAACAGUGGAGAAGAGAGCAAGAGCAAUGAGGAAACGGAACAUCUGGAAAUGGUUGAGAUGAGAAGAUCUCUGAAAACUGUCGGAUUAGAACUUACCAUGAUGAAUUGA